AGAAGGUUAUCCGAUUGCUUUGACUCAUUUAUAUAUACCCUGUUGUAUUUGGUUGGUUAGUUGAAACGAAGGUCUUCCCUGCAGUCUUUUUGUGAUAGCUACAUUUGUACCACGUUUAAACGAGUUGUGUGUAGUACUUUCUUAACAUUCGAUUGCUAGUUCUUUCAGAAAAAUAGCAUUCGCAAUGCCGAGCCACCCGCUGCGCGUGGCGGUGGUGUGCUCGAGCAACCAGAACCGCAGCAUGGAAGCGCACAACAUCCUCAGCAAACGUGGCUUUGAAGUGCGCUCUUUUGGGACAGGGUCCCAUGUGAAGCUACCUGGUCCAGCACCGGACAAGCCCAAUGUGUAUGACUUCAAAACGACUUAUGAACAGAUGUACAACGACCUGGUCCGCAAGGACAAGGAGCUAUACACGCAGAAUGGAAUCCUGCACAUGUUGGACCGCAACAAACGGAUUAAGUCCCGACCGGAACGCUUCCAGAGCUGUAAGGACCAGUUUGACCUGGUCAUCACCUGUGAGGAGAGGGUCUACGACCAAGUGCUGGAGGACCUAAGCUCUCGGGAGCAGGAGACCUUCACGCCGGUUCACGUCAUCAACGUGGACAUCCAGGACAACCACGAGGAGGCCACACUGGGGGCUUUCCUCAUCUGUGAGCUGUGUCAGUGUAUCCAGCACACCGAUGACAUGGAAAACGAGAUGGACGAGCUGCUGCAAGAGUUUGAGGACAAGAGCAACAGGCCUUUCCUCCACACAGUCUGCUUCUACUGAUGCGCCUGCUACCAAAUCUGCAAUAUCAUACGCCCCCUGACCAAACAUGCACGUUUAUACACAGGCUCAUGUGCACUUCCGUAUGAACUUACUGAUUACUUUUCACACAGACCUACACAAUGCUCAAUCUCUGCUGUUGGUCAGGGCCGAGGG